AACUUUAUAAUAAUGGAGAAAUGAAAAAAAAGCAUCGCCAUCAUUUCUAAGUCCACUUCUCUUAUUUUUCCAUCAUCGUCUCUUCUUCAUUGAUCAUUUGAGUUUAAUUUCUUCUUCGAAUAUUGAUCAGAAAAAUUAAUAGAAGCAAAUAAAGAUGGAUUGUUCUAUAUGUAGCGCGAUGCCAUUUAUUCUAAGGCCACCAAGAAAUACUAUAUGCGCAGCUUGUUAUGAGGGAGCUAGAACUAUAAUUACGUUGACUACCAACAAGCUUGAUCAUAUUGAAAAUACAAAAGGAAGUGAUAAUAAAACAGUAACUGGAGUUCUUUCUGCUUCUUCAUCCAAUCCAUCUAUUAAGGGAUUUGGAAAUGCGUUGAAAUGGGUGAAAGAAAUGAAGGAGAUGGAAGAGGAAUUAAAGGAGAAGCUGAAUUAUCUUAGUGGUUUUGUUGUUGCCUUGAGAGAUCAUAUUCAUACUGAUAUUUUAAUUAAACCUGGCAAUGAUGCUCCUUGUAUACCAGCACAUAGAGCUCUUCUGGCAGCUAGAUCUGAUAUAUUCAAAAACAUACUGGACUCAGAUGGAUGUAAAGCUCCACCAAGUGACAACACAAUAACAUUGUCUGAACUAAACUACGAUGAAUUAGAGUGUUUAUUAGAGUUCCUGUACAGUGGAGAUUUGGCUAAAGAGAAGGUGGAAAAACACGUAUAUUCCUUGUCAAUUGCAGCAGAUAAGUAUGAAAUUCCAUUCUUGCAGAAAUUUUGUGAGAAUCAAAUGUUGGGAUCAUUGAACACAUGGAAUGCUCUUGAUGUUUUAGAGAUUUCUGAUACUUGCUCUAAUACGUCGUUAAAGGAGACAGCGUUAAACUUCAUUGUUAAGAACAUGGAGGAUAUUGUGUUUACACCUAGAUUUGAUGCAUUUGCACUCAAGAAUCCUCAUUUAACUGUACAGAUUACUAGGGCUUCUUUUAUAGACAUUAAAAAUAGAAGGCUUACUGUUUGAUUA